GAUUGUUUUACAAAUCUGUGAAACACCCAUUUAUUUUCAAGGAGAAUUUUAUAAAAAAAUAUUCUUAUCAUCUUUAGAAAGUUCUGCGUUUUGCCGUUCGUUAUUAUUCCACGUCGCAGGCACAAAUGACGAACCAGGCUUCUCCGGUCGAGGAGCAAGAGAAGCUGUUAGAUGAGGCGCUAAAUAUCGUUAAAGUUCAGGCAUUUCAGAUGAAAAGAUGCCUGGACAAAUCGAAGCUGAUGGACGCUCUCAAACAUGCCUCUACAAUGUUAGGGGAGUUGAGGACAUCUCUGCUGUCACCAAAAAGCUAUUAUGAGCUUUAUAUGGCGAUAACAGAUGAACUGCGCCACUUGGAGCUCUAUUUGCUGGAAGAGUUCCAGAAGGGCAGGAAGGUGGCUGACCUGUAUGAACUUGUCCAGUAUGCUGGGAACAUUGUGCCUCGGCUGUAUUUGUUGAUCACGGUUGGUCUGGUUUACAUCAAGACCAACUCCAACUUGAGGAGGGACCUUCUGAAGGAUUUGGUGGAAAUGUGCCGUGGGGUUCAACAUCCACUGCGCGGAUUAUUCCUGAGAAACUAUCUCCUGCAAUGCACGAGAAAUGUCCUUCCCGAUACUACAGAAGCUCAGAAUGAUAAUGAAGGAACGGUGCGAGACGCCAUCGACUUUGUCCUGAUGAAUUUCGCCGAAAUGAACAAGCUUUGGGUGCGGAUGCAGCAUCAGGGACACUCCAGGGAUAAAGAACGACGUGAACGGGAGCGCUCCGAGCUUCGUAUACUAGUCGGAACCAAUCUAGUGCGCUUAUCCCAGUUGGAGUCGGUCACGGUGGAAGACUAUGGGCGUCUGGUACUGCCUGGUAUUUUGGAGCAGGUAGUCAGUUGUCGGGACGCGAUCGCUCAGGAGUACCUCAUGGAAUGUAUCAUACAGGUGUUCCCUGAUGAAUUCCACCUGGCGAAUCUCCAACCAUUCCUCAAGUCGUGCGCCGAGUUACAGCCAGGAGUGAACAUUAAAAAUAUCAUUAUAGCCCUUAUCGAGCGACUUGCUAGUUACAGUCAGAGGAACGAGGGCAACGUUAAUCUCAGCGUGGUAUUAGAAGACGGCAAGGAGCAAGAAGUGCAGUUAUUUGAGGUGUUCUCUGAUCAGGUGGCUGCCAUUACACAGAGCCGAUCCGACAUGGCACCCGAGGACAUGCUGAGUCUACAGUUGGCACUGUUAAAACUAGCCCAACGCUGCCAUCCGGAUAAGCUCAACUAUGUCGACCGCGUUCUGGCACAUACGGACAAGAUUUGUGCCGAUAUACAUCAGAACAGUGGUAAACCGCACUUAGAACACAACACCCCGGUCUUUAAGGAACUGAUGAAGAUUCUGAAGCUGCCUGCCGACCACUACAAGAACAUAUUGACGCUCAUCCGUCUCCAAAACUACGCCCCAUUGAUCUUGCACUUGAACCACUCGGGCAGAGUUAUGAUAGCGGUGCAUCUGGUCAACGAUGUCUUGGAGACUGACACAAUGAUUUCUAACCCUGAGGACGUGGAGUCUGUGCUGUCAAUGCUAGAUGUGCUCGUCAAAGAUCAGCCCGACCAGCUCGGAUCGGAGCCUGACGUUGACGACUUUAACGAGGAACAGGGUUUAUUGGCCAGACUUAUCCACCACUUCAAAUCCGACUCGGCGGACCAACAAUACUUAAUACUGAGUGCAGCGAGGAAAGCUUUGCAAAGUGGUGGAGCUAGAAGGAUACAACACACCUUCCCUCCGAUACUGUUCCAUGCGUAUCAAUUGGCUUUUGUCUAUAAGGACCUUAAAGAUCAGGAUGAGAUGUGGGAGAAGAAGUGUCAAAAGAUCUUCCAGUUCUGCCAUCAAACAAUCAGCAUGCUCGUCAAGGCUGAGUUAGCUGAAUUGCCCCUACGGUUAUACCUCCAGGGGGCGCUAGCGAUCAGUGAAAUUGGCUUCGCGAACCACGAAACCAUCGCCUACGAAUAUCUCUCUCAGGCGUUCUCUCUGUAUGAAGACGAGAUAUCCGAUAGUAAAGCUCAACUAGCUGCCAUAACGCUCAUUAUUGCAACUUUCGAGCAGAUAAAUUGCUUCGGCGCUGAAAACGCGGAGCCAAUGCGAACUCAAUGUGCCUUAGCCGCGAGUAAAUUACUGAAGAAGCCGGACCAGAGCAGAGCGGUGGCUCUGUGUGCACAUCUCUUCUGGAAGGGGGCUAAGGAUGGCAAGCAGUGGCCUCUAAACGACGCGUCUCGAGCGCUUGACUGCCUGAAGAAAGGUGCCCGUGUGGCCCAGCAGUGUAUGGAUGGAGGAGUCCAGGCUCAACUCCUGGCUGAGCUGCUGGGACGAUAUGCACUGCUCCGGGAGAGGGGCAACGCCAGCCUCACCACUAACCUCAUUGACGCUGUUAUCCAAAAAAUACGAGAGGAGCUGGCCAACCUGGACCAGUCCGAGGAAGUGGAGCAAAUCACAAAGCAUUUCCACAAUACGUUGCAGCAUUUGAAGAAUCGCAUGGAGUGUCCCGAUCCGGACGGUCUAGGUUACGAGGGAUUAGUACUGUCUUAAUUUCCAUGAGUUGAGUAAUGUUUAGUGUUUGAGAAAUAUUGAGGAGAGGUAACAACAAAGUUGGUAAUAGAGCAAGAUUUGUUGUAAGUAAAAAAGUUUUAAUAAUUAAUUAAAUAUAGUAAAUAGCUCAAUCUUGGAAAAGAGUUACUUAUGUAAUGAAGCAACUAAAUUCUUCAAAAGUUUGGGUAGGAAUCAAAUUUGGCAGAAAGUAUUUUCUCAUGUAUCAAACAUUCAAAUAAAUAACGUCCUUGUUCAAUUUAGUAAAUAUUAUGCAAGAAAUAAUUUAAUUCAAUGGAAAAGCAAGCUGGCGUUUUGCAUACAUGUUCAACGAUAUCUAAAUUGGAUAGGGAUUUGCACACUAUUUUCAACUAUAUUUGAAUUGGAUAAUGUAAAUAUUUAUUAUCAGUGGAAAUAAUUGUAAAUAUCCAAUUUUAUUUUAAAUUAAUCAAGCAAAUUAUUUACAAGUGAGCCAUGUAAGUUGUUUUUUUUUUAUCAAUAGAUAUUGGAAUGUAUUAUUUAUCUAGCGUAAGAAACAUUCCUGUUUUAAUUAAUGACAUUUUGUGUUCGUAGACUGGCUGUUCCAAUAUACAUUGCGAGCACUGCUCAGUGGUCUCGAUGGUGAAAAAUUCGUUCCGUUAUGGACUGCCAGUACACUGCCGCAGUACCCUACGGAAAUAUAUGACGUCAUAAAUCGCCACUAUUUUUGUACUGUGAGCACUGGCGCUUUCUAGUGCAAUAAAAUUGCGCGCGGGCUGGCCAAGCAGGAGCAUAUCGCCGCUCCCGCGUCCCGCCAGUCGUCCGCAGCGCGUCAUAGAAAGCACCUGUGUACAACUUUAUCACGCCCGCUGUCGUCGUCUAUACAACUAAAAAAUUGGAAGGGAUUAGUACCUAAGUCACAAAAAUGGUAAAUAAACGUAACAAAAUAAAAAAAUAUUCACGACUGAAGCUCAAGAAACUGAAAUUGUUGAACCUGAAUAGAACUCUUGUCAACGCUAAGUCUGACAUUGUGGAACUGCCAGCUGAGCAGUUACAGAGCACAAGUGAAUCCGUCGCUCCACCACAAUAUCCAGAAACAUUUGACGGGACAGUAGUGGAACUACAAUCAGUAUCGCCCAGUUUUUUUGACACCUCAGAAAAAGUACUUGGUACUGAAAGAAUUACAGGAACGGUCUCUCCGCAAAUUCUAGAAAUAUCUGAUAUGGCACCAGUGAACCUUCAGCCAGUGUCAGUCACACCACCGCCAUGUGUGACCGAAGCCCCCGAAGACCCGCCUUAUAUAGUGGAGCAAGAGUGUGAGACAAACUCGAUCAAAACAAUCACCGGUCGCAGAAUUGUUGACAUCGUUUAUUUUUUGGAACAAUUGCAACAGCAAAAACACGACCCUCUAUUUCAGUGUGAUUUCAGUUGCUUGGUUUUAAUAACAGAAAAGCGCACCGGCCUCGUUUCACAUUUCAAUUUCCAAUGCAGGAUGUGCAAGAAAUAUUUCAAGGUGUGUACUGAUCAUUUGGACACUGAUCGUAUAGAUAUUAACACUGCAGCAGUCUCAGGUAUAGUAGCCUCUGGGAUUGGGUACUCACAAUUCGAAGAGACUAUGUCUGCUAUGGACGUUCCUAUUUUCCGUGAAAAAUAUUACGCGAAAAUUCAAGAUCACAUGUUCAAUGAAUGGGAAGCUACAGCAGUGGAGGCAAUGGAACAAGCUGCUGCUAUUGAACGUGAGGCAGCAAUUCAAGAAGGGAGGGUUUUUAAUGGUUUCCCUGUGAUUGAUGUGUUUGCGGAUGGUGCAUGGUGUAAACGCUCUUAUGGCAAUAACUAUAAAGCAAUGUCAGGUGUUGCUGCAAUCGUAGGUCGAAAAUUUGGAAAAGUUCUUUUCAUUGGCGUCAAAAAUAAAUAUUGCCUAAUAUGUGCAAGAGCAGAGAAACGUCAGGAGAAACCGAAAAGUCACGUUUGUUAUAAAAAUUAUGAAGGCCCGUCCAGCGGAAUGGAAGCGACAAUCGUGUGCGAGGGUUUCAAAGAAUCCACCAAUAUGUAUGGGCUAAUAUAUGGCAAUAUUGUGGCUGAUGGUGAUUCUGCAACCUAUGCUAAAAUAUUAGCAUCAGAUCCGUAUGAAGGCUACGUAGUUUCGAAAAUAGAAUGCCGAAAUCACGUUCUGCGAAAUAUGUGUAAUAAGCUGCGUGCACUAGGUAAAGAUACAAAAUACCCAAAAGUGCAGAGAAAACAUAUUACCGACGAGAAAGUUAUGAGUAUGAGAAAAGUCGUCACAACUUCAAUCAAACACAAUAAAAAUAAUCCCAGGGAUAUCGCUAUAAGACAAAUUCACGAAGACAUAACCAAUUCAUUGAACCACGCAUACGGGGACCACAGACGUUGCAAAGAUUAUUGCUGCUCUAAAGAUAAAUCCAUUUUGUCAUCAACUGUGGGAGAGCUUGAACACUCGACAUUUUGGUUUCGGCUAAAAGUCAUUUUAAAUUCGGUAGCCUCAAAAUCUCGGAGUCUACUGGAAGACGUUGACACCAAUGCUGUUGAGAGAUUCAACAGCGUGGUUGCCAAAUUCGUAGGAGGCAAAAGAAUCAAUUUUGCUUCUCGACGAUCAUAUCAGGCGAGAUGCUCUGCUGCUGUUGUUUCCUACAAUACCAAACGACCUCUUUACACCCUACAUAAAAAAAUAUUGGGAAAGAGUCCUGUGGGCAGCUUACAAAAACUAGAAGGAAGGAGAGAGCAAAAAAGAAAGCAAGCCAACGCUGUGAAAAGAAAAAAAAAUAGAACUAAACUUUUCGAGAAACAAAAUGACUAUGGUGGACGAGUAGCUGCGCCAGAUAUGUCUGUCGAAGACUAUAGUGCAGCGUCUGCAGAUUUUAUGACGAAUCUGAAUACACUGGUUUGUGACCGGGAGGGAAUACAAAAACGGACGACACUGCAACGCGAAAGCACUGAAUGGUUACAAAUCAGGAGAUUGAUGCUAACUGCUUCAAACUUUGGAGC